AUGUUCUUACAUCUUUACGGAAUUGGCUAUUCCAUAUUUCGAAGACUAAGAGAACAUUAUCAGGAACACAGUAUUUAUCCAAGAACUCAUGGAAACACCAAACGAGUGCCUAAAAGCGCAACUUUCAAAAAAUCGCUUGAGGCUGUUCAUGCAUUUAUUGACAAUUAUGUUGAAGAAAAUGCGAUCGUGCUUCCUGGAAGGUUCCCGGGAUUUAAAAGUGAAGAGAUUAGGCUCUUGUCUUCAUUGGAAACAAAGAGGAGCGUUUGGAGGGAGCACAAGAAAACUUGUGGUGUUUUAAACGAGAGGCGUAAGUUACAAGAAAUUCUUACAGCUGUGGGACGAAUUUUAUCCUGACGUGGUCAUCUCUAAACCCAUGAUGGAUCUUUGUUUAACGUGUCAGCAAAACACGACGAAACUGCAGCGAGCUGCUAACCUCUCAGAUGAAGAAAAAUCAGAUUGUGUAAAGGCUCACCAGGAACAUUUGGACAUUGCACAAAGCAAGAGAGAAUGUUACAGGAACCCUGGUAAGGAACGCGAGAGAUUUCUUCAAACAAUUGACGCUAAUACUCUGCUGAUCUGUGAAACCGGAGGGGCCUGUUCUUUAAAUGCAUCAAUGCAUUACUCACUUGACUUUGCACAACAGAUACAUGUACCAAGCAAUGAUUGAGUAACCAUGGACUGGGAGAGCAUCAUUCGCAUCUUUAUGCGGACAAUUGCACUGGCCAGAACAAAAACAGUUUUUUCCUUUGGUACCUGACAUACAGAAUUUUGCUGAAACUUCACUGUCAAUUACAUACUCUUUUCUAAUAGCAGGACACGCAAAGUUUGGUCCUGAUCAACCCUUUGGCUUGAUUGAGAAAGUAUAUAAGGUGACUCAUGUGUCUUCAUUGUAUGAAUUUGCUAGAUUGGUUAAGACCUCUAGUAACAGUGGCUUAAACAAAGUACAGCUGGUUGGAACCCAUGAUGGUCGAAUCAUUGUUACUGUACAUGACUGGGCGUCA